GCUUGUCAAUUGGCCGCAUCCAGGAAGAAGAGGGAGGGGGGUCAUAUUAUUCAUUUAUUUUAGGACAAAAAUGGCGGCUGGCAGCGUCAAUCCAUUCAAUCUCAGCGACUCGGACGAGGAGUCGGAACUGAGACCGAUCGGGACCCCGAACGGAACGCCGGGUCCCGGCAUCGCUCCUCUGCCACUGCAGGUAGAGCCGGAGCUGGAGCCGGCGAUGCUGGUGCUGCCCGUCAGCGGCGGCAUCAGCGGCAUCAGCCCUGGCGUUGAAGCGGCUCCUGCCUCGCCUGCAGCGGCGGGGGGCGGCGCGGAAGCGCGACUGUCGGUGGAUGCGAUGGCCGCCCAGCUGCUGCGGGAUCAGUACAUCCUGACGGCGCUGGAGCUGCACACCGAGCUGCUGGAGAGCGGCAGGGAGCUGCCCCGGCUGCGGGAUUAUUUCUCCAAUCCCGGAAAUUUCGAGAGGCAGAGCUGGACACCUCCCGCUGCCAAGGAGCAGGGGGGAGCCGCUGGGCAGCUCCACAGGGCCGGAAGCAUCAGCACUCUGGAUUCGCUGGACUUUGCCCGCUAUUCUGACGAUGGCCACCGGGAGGCGGAUGAGCGGGUGGCAGUCCUGGAGUUUGAACUUCGGAAAGCCAAGGAGACCAUUCAGGCACUGCGCGCCAACUUGACUCAGGCAGCAGAGAGCGAAGGGCCGACGCGGGAGAGGAGGAGCUUCCGGUUCAGCCCAGAAAUGGAGGAGCCCGUCCGUCCACUUGAAAAAAGAGCCUUGAAUUUCCUCGUUAAUGAGUAUUUGCUGAGGAAUAAUUACAAACUAACCUCAAUCACAUUCUCCGAUGAAAACGACGACCAGGAUUUUGAGUUGUGGGACGAUGUGGGGCUGAAUACGCCAAAGCCCCCCAGCCUUCUGCACCAGUACCGUACUGGGGGAAGCUGCCCCCCCUCCCCGAGGGACACCGCCGAUGUGGCCGUGGGGGUGGAGGCCGGCGAGCUGCCGCUGAACUCCACUACCCAAGAUUCCCUGCACAAGAUGGAACGCACGCAGCAAGUAGAGAUUGUUCAGGAGCUGGAGUAUCAGAUAGGCCUGCUGAUCAGUGAGAAGCACAGUCUGGUGGAGCAGAUUAAACGUCUCCAGAGUGAUAUCCAGAGCCUGAAGAAGAGCGUCUCCACGGAGGAGGUGGAGGGGGGCAAUCUCAGAUCGGAUCAGAGUUCCAUGGUGGCCCCCCUAGAGAACUGGUGCUGCGCUGACAGCAGAGGACCCCCGGAGGAGCUGAUGCCCGCGGGUGCCCCCUUCGGGACAAAGGGCAGGCUGGACAGGGACCCGCUUACCACAGCACCCACCCCCUCGCUCUGCCAGCCCAUACAGCCCCACGGCAAGUUAAAAACCCAGAAAGCACCAAGUCAAGGCUGCGCACAAUUUGACCAGCCUAAGAGGAAUCUGUCUCCUGCGUUUCUUCAAGCACUUUUGUCUUUCUGUCAACUGUCUGCAGAUAGCCGCCUUGGUUCUGAGGUGUCCCGCAUCGCAGACAGCGAGGAGAGUCUCCUGCUCAUGUUGGGUCGUUGCCUGCCCCACAUCGUGCCCAACGUGCUGCUCGCCAAGAGAGAGAGAAUGGUUGUGCACCUGUGCCAGGAGCUGAUCCCCCUCAUUCUCUGCACCGCCUGCCUUCACCCUGAGCCCAAGGAACGUGAUCAGCUGCUGCACAUCCUCUUCAACCUCAUUAAGAGGCCCGAUGACGAGCAGAGGCAGAUGAUCCUGACGGGCUGUGUGGCCUUCGCCCGGCACGUGGGCCCCACGCGGGUGGAGGCAGAGCUGCUGCCACAGUGCUGGGAACAGAUCAACCACAAGUAUCUGGAGCGCCGCCUGCUGGUCGCCGAGUCCUGCGGAGCCCUGGCCCCCUAUCUGCCCAAGGAGAUCCGCAGUUCGCUGGUGCUCUCCAUGCUGCAGCAGAUGCUGGCAGAGGACAAGGCCCACCUGGUGCGGGAAGCCGUGGUGAAGAGCCUGGGCAUCAUUAUGGGCUACAUCCACGAUGCCGACAAGUACUCACAGGGCUUCGAGCUGAUGCUGCUGUCACUGGGCGACCCAUCCGAGCGGGUGGUCAGUGCCACCCACCAGGUCUUCAUUCCAGCCUUCGCAGCCUGGACCACAGAGCUGGGUGUCCUGCAGAGCCAGCUCCUGCCCAGCCUGCUGAAGCGCGUCGAGGGCCUGCUGAAGGAGAGCGACCGUGGCCCUGACGAACACAAGCUCCACCUGCUCCUGUCUGGCCUGCAGUCCCUUAUCUCCCCACUGUUUGCCUUGGUGCUCCAGAGCGCCCCCUUCAGCGGCCAGGUGGAGCUGCAGGACAGCACCCCGCCCAUCGAGGUGACACGGUUCCCGCGCCCAGCCUCCAUGCUCCAGGACGUGGCCACGAUCGUUGGCAGCCGCGAGCGCUUGGCGGUGCUGCUGCAGCUGUAUGACCGGCAGCUGGAGCAUGAGGGAACCAUGGGCUGGGGCAGCCUGCUCUGGGUGGUCAACCAGCUGUUACCCCAUCUCAUCGGAAUAGUGGGUCAGAUCAACGUCAGCUCCGCAGCCUGUGUGCACGAGUUCUCCAGGCUUUUCUGGAGGCUGUGCCGGACGUUUGGAAAGAUCUUCACAAACACGAAGGUGAAGCCACAGUUCCAGGAAAUCCUCCGGCUGUCUGAGGAGAGUGUGGAUGCCACGGAUGGGAAUGAUGUUUUGACGAAGGGUACCGUGCCCAUCUACGCCACCGGGGUGCUGACAUGCUACAACCAGGAGGAGGACCGCAAGCUGCUGGUGGCCUUCCUGGAGGACGUCAUGAUGAGCCUGUCUCUGUCCCAUGCUCCUCUGGACAGCCUGAAGGCGGCCUUCAUGGAGCUGGGCGCCAACCCAGCGUACCACGAGCUGUUGCUGACGGUGCUUUGGUACGGCGUGGUGCACACCUCCGCCCUCGUGCGCUGCACUGCAGCCCGCAUGUUCGAGGUGAUUCUCAGGGGCAUGAGCGAGGCCUUAAUUGACAAGCGGGUAGCUCCAGCGCUAAUUACCUUGUGCAGUGACCCGGAAUUCUCGGUUAGGAUAUCGACGAUACCGGCGUUUGGUACCAUAAUGGAGACCGUGACCCAGAAAGAGCUUCUGGAGAGAGUGAAGAUGCAGCUGGCGUCCUUCCUGGAGGACCCGCAGUACCAGGACCAGCAUUCCCUGCACAUUGAGAUCAUCCGGACGUUCGGGAGGGUCGGUCCCAACGCUGAGCCUCGCUUCAGAGACGAGUUCGUGCUCCCUCACCUGCACAAGCUGGCACUGGGCAACAAUGGGCAGACGGCCGAGGCCAAGCGGAUGGACAUCGCCAUGCAGCUGUUCGAGGCCUACAGCGCCCUCUCCUGCUGCUUUAUCUCCGAAGACGUGCUGGUGAAUCACUUCCUCCCAGGGCUGAGAUGCUUAAGAGUUGACAUGGAGCAGUUCUCUUCUGAAUAUGAGGAUAUCCUGAGCUCCAUGAUUAAGGAAUGUGAGCAGAAAGUGGAGAACAGGAACUCACAGGAGCCACAGGGGUCCAUGUCGAUAGCUGCCAGCCUCGUGAGCGAAGACACAAAGACCAAGUUUCUCAGUAAGGUGGGUCAGCUGACGACUUCGGGCGCCAUGCUGGCCAACGUGUUCCAGCGGAAGAAGUGACCGGAAUGUGCCGUCGCCGAUCCCACGCUGCCCGGCCCCUCCUACUUGAACCCAAUACUCUGCCUUUUCUCUGUGUCCUUUUAUCGCCACAAAGUCAUUUGAAGCUCCAAAGAUAUUUGCACUGUGUUUAAUUCCUCUUCAUUUUUGGGUUUUUAUCGUUAUAUAUAUUAUGUAACUGUAUUGUACACAUUUUCCGUGAUUUCCAGUCUUAUCU